CCGCUGUAAACGCAAGCAUGGAGACCGACGAAAAUGCUGUAGCACAUAUUCAAGUAAAAUUCUUUACUAAACAACAGCAGUAUGCCAUACAAGAUAUUCCUUAUUCGCUACCUGUGAACGUGGGAACAACAGAACUAAAUGAACUUUUAAAUGGGAUUCUAAAAGCAGACUUUGUGGAGACUGAAUGGAAGAAGCUUAAUUUCGAUUUUUUGCACAAUGGCGAAUUCUUAAGGACCAACUUGACUGAGCAUAUUGAAAGCAAGGGCUUGACUACAGAGACUGUAUUGGAGGUGGAGUAUGUGGAGCAGACACCGGCACCUAGACCGCAGGACAGUCUGAAGCACGACGACUGGGUCAGCGCUGUCAAGUCAACGCCAGACUUAAUAUUAACUGGUUGCUAUGACAAUACGAUACAUUUAUGGACACCGAAGGGCUCACACCUCAUGACCAUUCCUGGCCAUCUCGGUCCUGUGAAGGCAGUGGAUUGGAUAUCUCAUGAUGAGAAUGGUGGGCAGUUUGUGAGCGCCUCCCAUGAUCAGACGCUAAUGAUCUGGCAGUGGGACCGGCAGAAGAACUCGAUUGAAUGUGCACAUGUGUGUCGCGGACACACGCGCAGUGUGGAGUGCGUCAAAGUUGAUGCCAGCCACACCCGCUUCGCCAGUGGAUGCUGGGAUGGAAUGUUGAAGAUCUGGUCUACUGGUGAGGACGAAGGGGGCUCAGGAGAACCAGACGACCAUGAGCAAUCACAGAAGAAGCUGAAAACCAACCAACAGAAAUCCGUUACAAGGACGCCAUUGCUAACGCUAGCCGGCCACAAAGAGUCACUAUCGAGCAUCGUGUGGACGGACACCGGCGAGGUGUGCACAGGCUCGUGGGAUCACACCAUCCGCACCUGGGACCUGGAGAGUGGCGCCAAUAAACUCACCCUGCCAGGAGCGAAAGUGCUUCUGAAUCUGUCCUGGUCGCCAUCAAGUCAUCUUCUGCUCUCUGGCUCAGCCGACCGUCACGUACGACUGUGGGACGUACGUGUGCCUGAUGGCACUGCAGUGAAAUCGACAUAUACAUCGCACAGUGGAUGGGUCUCCUGCGUCUCUUGGAGUCCCAAUGACACCAAUCUUUUCAUCUCCGGUUCCUAUGACAACCUGCUUAAGCUGUGGGAUGUUAGAAGCACCAGCGUACCUUUAUUCAACAUGACCGGGCACGAGAAUAAGAUUCUCUGCUGUGAUUGGUCGGUGCCCGAUCACAUGAUCAGUGGCGGCGCGGACACGACGGUCAAGAUAUUCGAGGCGGCAGGCCACUCGUCGUGAACCCGGUGUGAGAGGGGUGUGCCCACUACAGGCGGUUUCACAAGGGGCGAAAAAGGCAUGCGCACGCUGUCAGAACUGAAUCAUCGGACAAACGCGUUGCUCUCUCCCCGCGUUUUUGCCGUGCAUCGUUGUUCGUAACCGAAUACCGGACGUAUCGACGGAUAAACAUCUUCGAGAGAUCGUUACGAGGUGCCGCAUGCGUACGAGCAGGCGAUGGUUUCUUUCCCUCCAUCCGCUGGGCAACCAAGACCCGCAUCUUGCCCCAUAACGCGACAAGGGAACACGAGAUCAGGGACGAUUUGUGUAAGGCACUGUGUCGCGACAGUGCACUUUCAUUGUUGCGAACCCGGCAGCCAACCGGAAUGGCGAUGUGUUUUUUCGGGCAUUGUGUGGCGCGGCGGGGUUUGUGGCAACGAAGACAAAAAACUGAAUGGUUGUCGGAAGAGGGCGUGGAAAACGCUCUUCCCCCAGGGGAUUGAUCUCUGCUGACGUAAUGUAGGAGUUGUCUCCUAAUGCGUGCGCGUGGGUGCGAGCGUGUGUCAUUUUCUUAUCGCGUCUGAGCAGUGGGGUGGGAACGGUGGCUUCAGAAGUGCAACGAAGUAGUCGCGUUGUAGAGUUUCGUUUUAGACGCGGGUUCUGUCUAGAUGUGGCUAGUGGUGUACCGAUGAAACUCUAUAUUGUUUAUAAACAUGCAAUGAAGUAGAGAAUUCGUA